UGAAAACUAGGCGACCGAUUAGUAGUCUAGAGAAGUAGGGCAAUCCAGAUUUCGCCAUUUUUACUUUUCAGUGAAAGGAGAUUUUAUAAUUGUCAGGCUGGAGGACGACGAAUAUUUUGAGAAAAGUGUGUCAUUACAUUUAACCAUUCGUAGUCAGAAUUAUUUAUUUUAAAAGUAUCAGUUAAUAGUGUGGUUUUGUUUAUUACUAACGUUUGUAUGAAGUGCUACUUCCCCAUCGUAAGAUUGCUCGUUGGUGUGUCGCUUAGCUAAUUCAAUGGCUAUGAUAUCAAAGUUUUAAUUUGGUGAGUCGCUUGACGUUCCCUAAGGGGCAUAGUAACGAAGAAGCAAAGCGGCGCGGUUAGAGAUGAGCAGGCCUCAAGGUGGACGGAUCCAAGUCCCGGAUGACCUUAGAGAAAUCUUAUUGGAAUUUACCAUAAGUUAUUUACUGGAACAACCGGGAGACGUUAUUAACUACGCAGUCGAGUUCUUCACGAGGUUACAGAACAACAGAACGACGACGAUAGUGCGGGGCCCAUCAGCAGGCACUCCUGACGAAUCUAUAAUAUCAGAUGAAGAAGAGCCGCCAGUGGCGCGCUUCAACAAUCGACGUAAGUCGGUAUUUGCUGAGACCUAUGAUCCAGAGGAGGAUGAUUCUGAUGAGGGAGCACCGGCCGUGUUUCCGAAGUCGGACGCGCAACGCGCUCGUCUCGCCGAGGCAGUCCGUGGCAUUUUGUUAUUCCGUUCGCUCGAUGCACAACAAAUGCAGCAGGUACUAGAUGCGAUGUUUGAGAAGCGCUCAGUACCCGGCGAGUACGUUAUUCGACAAGGCGACGAUGGCGACAACUUUUACGUCAUCGAGAAUGGAGUGUUCGAUGUACUCGUUACUGGAGACGAUGGCGUCGAAAAGGCGGUGCACACGUACGAGGGCUCGGGCUCGUUCGGCGAGCUGGCGCUGAUGUACAACAUGCCGCGCGCCGCGUCCGUGCGCGCGCAGUCGCCCGGCGCGCUGUGGGCCAUGGACCGCCACACCUUCCGCCGCAUCCUGCUCAAGAGCGCCUUCAAGAAGCGCAAGCUCUACGAGGAGCUGCUCGACAAGGUGCCCAUGCUGAAGGCGCUCCAGCCGUACGAGCGCGCCAACCUCGCGGACGCGCUGCUGCCGCGCACGCUGAUCGACUGCGAGCUGAUCAUCCGGCAGGGCGACACGGCCGACGGGAUGUACUUCGUGGAGGACGGCUCCGUCAGCAUCCGCAUCGCGCGCGACGACGGCAACGAGCACGAGAUCAAACGGCUCGGCAAAGGUGGAUACUUCGGUGAGCUGGCUCUCGUCACCCAUAAGCCUCGUGCUGCUUCUGCAUAUGCCGUUGGCCCCACCAAAGUCGCAUUCCUCGACGUGGAAACCUUCGAGCGGCUGCUGGGCCCGUGCAUGGAGAUAAUGAAACGCAACAUCGACGACUACGAGGAGCAGCUCGUCAAGCUGUUCGGCGACAAGAGCAACCUCACCGACGUGCGAUGAACGACCGGCCCCCCCACCGAGCCCCCCUUUGCCGUAAUCACACCCUCUAUUACCUUUCGUGUUCAGUUUUAACAUAAACGGAUGUGGCUGGAAACCAUAGUUGAUAUUUAAACAAUUCAUGCUCAAAUCGUGAAACGUUAUCUUCGAUAUUUUCUAAAAUCGCGAGUAUUUUCUUCAAUAGCAUUGGAUUGUUUUAUAUAACAGGGUAUUUCUUUUUGUGGAAAAUUGUUUUGAAUGUGACUUAAAGCUAUAACAACCGGAGUCGGGAUAUUCGAUGGAGUUGAAAAAUUUAAUGGCAACAUUUACUUAAAAUAUGGUUUUCAGCCGUUUAACAGAUGGAUUCCAUCUAAAUGAUGCUGUAGUAAUUUUACUGAAGUUAUUUAUACCCUAGUUAUUCAUCAUUUAAUAACGAUACCAUUAUAUUUUAUUUUCGUUCUUCGUAUAUUCAUAAAUAUUUGAAGUUUGUGCCAUGUUAUUUUGUAUUAAUUAAAAUAAAGAUUACGUUGUUAAGGAAGGGGGGAAUAAAUCUACCAGCGUCGGAUAAUAUUGCAUUGUAACAAUAAUACGCUUAUUUUAGAUAGAUAAAAUGCCUUAGUAGCUAUGUAAAUAAUGAUCCCACGCUUUGUCAUCGAUUACACUGCUCGUUUGAUGUAGACUAAACUAAUUCGUUGAACUUUAUUUUAAUGUAGAAGAGUCCAUUUUAGACUGGCGCUUUUUGAAUGAUUUGCGUACAAAUUUGUGAAACUAUGUAGUGUUAUCGUGUUCUCGAGUGAAGCUCAGCUCAUUACUGUUUAAUAAACGACUUAACGUGACGCAUCUCCAUUUGUAACGUAGUUUCUUGUAAUUUUUUUCACAAAUGUUCAAUUUGACUGAAAUAAUUUAAAAAAGGAAUUUAUCCUUGAAGUGUCAAAUGUCAGUUCGGUGACAGGGCGGGUGUCAAAUCAUGAUAAGUAUGUACUGGGAAGAUGGCAUUUAGUCUUUAAAUUAAAAAAAAAAAGAUGUUUUAGUAGUGGGACGACAAUGCAAUACUAAACGGCGCUGAAUCCUGUCUUAUAUUAGGAUAAUCUCUGCUACCGCCAUUUUCUAUUUUUUAAGAUUGUUCGUUACACCUAACACUGGCUUGAAUUCAUUAAAAAAAAUAUAUAUUAAAUUAGGUAAAGUUUCAUUUUAUCGGUGAUUAGAUUAAAUCUUCUCACUAACUAAUUAAUUUAUUAAUUUUAUUAAUUUAAAAAAUGUUUCUAUAUUUAUGUAUAUUGAGAAUGUUAUAUUACAAUCAGUUAGUGAAUGCCAAAUUAUUUAAUAUUUACGUGAGUGUAAACAGUACAGGACGAUGCGUAUUUACAAUGAGGCAUAUUGUAAAGAACAAAUUGAGAUGUGGUCGCUGCGUUGCCGACGAAUUCAUUUUUAUUUUAUUUAAUUAUUAUUUUUAUAUAAACCAUUGCGUGUAUAUUUUAAAUGAGAAGUUUGUUUAUGUUAUCUAUUUUAAAUAUUACGUUUAUAAAAUAUUCUUUAUUGUCAUUUCCUCGUCCUAUUUUAGUAAAUAGAUCUGAGGUUUGUUAUGAUUGUAACAUGUCUACUGAGAACACCAUACAGAGAAGCGUGUGAACUGAAACGGGCCUGCAUUGUCUGUUCAUGAUGAUACUCCCUCGUCGCGUAUAUAUAACGAUAUGUUAUGCAAACUCCUCGGUCGGAACUAUUCGGUUCGGGCUGAAUGGAGCGGUGUCUGUGUGCUACCUCCGCAUAUCGAGUGCGCGCCAUAAUCCAACCCUCAGGUAUAGCGCCCCAGUAUUAUUUCAAUUCCUGCCUUCAUUUGUAAAUCCAGCCAAAGUAGUUGAAUACAUAAAAUCAUAUGUAGCACUAAAUAUGUAAGUCUAUAUUUACAUGUAGUAGUUAGUUUUUGUCACUUCUUAUUGUAAUUUAAAUAUUUGUAGAUUAGGAAAUUAAUGGAGUAUAGACAGAUCCUGAGGGGUGUCGUGUGUUGUUUGUUUUUUUUUUUUUUGACGUACAAAACGUGUACAAAAUAUUUCAGUUGCCAUAGAACAUUUUAAUUAUUUAAUUAUAUUAAAAUAUGAUGUCAUGAUACUUUUAAUUUUAAUAUAACGCCGCCCUACUGUCUCUAUCGACUUCCAUUUGGAAGUUUCGUCUCUAGUACAUAAUAUCAUAUCGAUUGAUUCGUCCAUAGUUCUCGAUGCUUGCUUGUAUAUUAACAGUUUCAAUGCGACAGGUUUGUGUUCCUCAUUUAGCUUAUACAUUCCCGAGUUGCUAAUAUCAAAGUUUAUUAAAAAUGAUUUAUUUUUGUUAUCGAAUUAUAGUUUAUUUUUUAAAUUUAUUUUGCAAUAGAGGAAAUCACUUCAAGUGCCUUCAUGAGCACAUCUGGUAAAUUUAUAAUUGAAACUGUCUUUGUAGAACUUUAUUGUUAAUCUCGUGUUUUGACUCACUCGUACUGCUUUUUUCUAUAUGGACUUGUGUGUAUUGUGAGUUUGUUUAGUCCAUUACGAACCAGUCUCACAGUCGAGUUCAAUUAAAACGCCGUGUACUUUGAAUAGGGAGUAUAACAAAAUUGGUCUGUCUGCAACCGUAUAAAUUAUUAUUUUUAGUUAAAUUUUCAUUGAAAUUUGACUAAAACUAAUUUUUUUGUAUAUUUGAUUAUAUUGUUAUACUCUGUAUUCUGAGAGCUAGACUUUCGCUUUGUGUAAAUAAUGUGCGCCAUGUUUUACUAUAUGUAACCGUUGGGAAUUAAAUUUAAUUUUUAUUAAUUAUUUUAUUUCUAACUUUAAUGUAAAUUUCAAAAUUUCUUAGUACAUUAUAAUAUAGCAAUAUAUCUAAAAACAUGGUGGACAUUUCCAAUGACCAUAUAAUAAUCAGCGGGUCUGAUUACAACUUUUUAGAACAGAUUUAUUUAUAUUAUUAAAUAUACAAAUUGUAUCUAUUUAUGCAAUGAAAUGUUUAACUUCCAUGCAUCCAGAUAAUGUUAUAUUGGUUUUUGAUGUGUGUGGAAUGUGAUUGAAAGUUAUCUCUUCUGUAAUACAUUUUUGGGGUUGCCAUCUAUAAAAAUAUAUCAGAAUAAGAUAUUGAUGAACUUGUGAAUUAUAUUUCUAAUUCGGAAAUUAUAUUCUUCCAACCUACAUGAUACUUUUAAUAAAAUAUAGAAUUAUUCAAAUUAAAGUAAAUUGAUACACAUGGCAACCUAACAUAAGUUCGACGUUUGAUAUUUCCUUGUAUGACGCUGUGUCUGUGUGUCCCCGAUGUACUGAACCCAGUAGUUGUUAAAUAGUAUUGUGCAAUAAUUACUGUCAUUUAUGUCCUCUACGUGGAUAUCAUGUUGAAUCGUCAGUGUGAAAUAAAUUAUAGAUUAAAAUAAAAUGAUAGCAUAAGACGUAAUAUUUCUCUUUAUACUGAUGUUAAUGUCCUAACGCAUCAGCUAGGAGGCUUUAGGUAAUUAUGUAAUUGUAAAUCCGUAUAAAUUGUUUUGUUCAACUCGCACACAAUGUUUUGAUAGCACAAAUGUUAUGUUAAACUCGUGUGUCGAAAUGACUCAAAUUCUGUUGUCUUCCAAAGGGACGCACAGAAGUAACGCCGAGCGCUCCCAUCGAUCACUCGGCGCGGUGAACAUUUCUGGCAAUUUGAUGUAAAAUUGAAAUUCGAUACGCUUAAACUUAGCGUAAAUUUUUAUAAAUUACUAGUCAUUGGUGUCUAAUGUAGAUUUGUAACCUGACAGCACAUUGAAUUCGAACGUUUCAUUAUUCUAAAUUCAUGUUAGCUGUAAGUUCGUCAUACAUGUUCCACGAUAAAGCAUAUCAGAGCGGUGCAGCCGCCCCCAUGUCCUCGGUGCACUCCCACUGUACGUCUGGUAGCAAGUCUGAACCGCAACUAGUACCGCUUUACCACGUCAUGAGCUUACCCUGUACAUUUAUAAAAAUUAUGUAUCGUAAAAUGUUAGAAAACUGAAUUAUAUUUGUUUGUAGAUCUAA